UUUAAAAAAACCCCCAUCAAACUCGUGGUAAGCACGGAGAAUGAACGUAGCAGGUACUUCGGAGCUCGGGGACGUCUCUUACCGGUUCGUAACGCUAACGGCAGGUACUCGGGCAGACUCGCUAUCGGCAGGUAAGCACGGGAAGACUCGUGAAGAUGUUUCAACAUGUUGAAAAAUGUCCACGAGAGCCCCGAGUACCGACGAGUGGCGAUUACCGUAAAUCUCCGAGUUCUAAUCAGGGCAAACACGGGAAAGCUCUUGGAAUGAACUCGUACCGCGGGACAGGGCUCAGUUGCAACUUCCACGAUAAUUAUUUAUCUCUCUUUCUGUCUCUUCUUGCAGUUAACCUAAUGGCCAUUGUGAUCCUUUCGAGAGGACGAUGCGGUCUCUCCGGAUGUAUCACUAAGUACCUGGUGUCGAUGGCGGUAACGGAUCUGUUAGUCAUUAUCACCGCUGUUUUAUUAAAUCGGAUUCCGGCGAUUUAUUUCCCAGGGAGCUUCCUGUCCAUUACACCUGUGUGUAGUCUCACCAUUGCUUUAAUUUAUGCAUCCAGGGACACCUCCGUCUGGUUGACAGUCGCCUUCACUUUUGAUCGAUUUGUGGCCAUUUGUUUCCAGAGGCUGAAAACAAAAUAUUGCACCGAGAGGACGGCGGUUGUGGUUAUAACAACGAUCUGUGUACUGGGAAGUUUAAAGAGCGUGCCCUGGUACUUUAUACACGAGCCUAUGCUUUUUAUCAACGACGUUCCUUGGUAUUGCAGAGUGAAGGAAUUCCGUUAUACUUCACCCUUAUGGAGAGCAUUUGACUGGUUGGAUCGUGUUUUGACCCCAUUGGUCCCGUUCCUUCUGAUACUUAUGCUCAAUGUUCUGACUGUCAGGUUCAUUCUAGCGGCGAGUAAAGCGCGCAAGAGGCUUCGGGCGCAGAACAACCGAGAAAAACAAAGCGACCCAGAGAUCGAGAACCGGAGGAAGUCCAUCAUUUUGCUUUUCGCUAUAUCGGGCAACUUCAUUAUCUUGUGGAUACCGAAUGUCGUACAAUUCUGUCUCAAAUAUCUUACGAUUAAUUAUCAAAUCACCAAUAUCAGUGAUCCAAGGUAUAUUCUGCAAGAAAGCGCGAAUAUGCUUCAGUUAUUAAAUUCUUGUACUAAUACGUUUAUUUACGCUGUAACCCAAAGUAGCUUCAGAAAGGAGCUGAAGGAUGCGCUUAAAUAUCCGUUAAUUGUACUCGGUAAAAUAAUCAAAUAAUGGAAGUCUAAAUCUACAUUUAAAUUCUGUUUUACAAGACAUUCCUUUGUACAGAAUAUUCGGGUUCAGAAACAUUGUUACUGCGUUUCCAUUUAAUGAUUUUUAAAUGUUUAUUGGAAUAUAUCAGCUGUGGCAAAUAAAAUUGGCUUGACAAAAUACGAACAGAAAAUCGAUUUUGUGCCCGUGUCUCCUCUGCGUCCUUCAGUUCUGCUCUAGCAACCACUUCCUCAGAUGGAACAAGGAGAGUUAUGUUGGUCAUCACCUGCUAUCCCGCCAGCCGACGCAUUGAGCACACUUUUCUCCGCCAUUUCCGCUUCCUCCUACGCGAUCCUCACCACCCGUCACAUUCUUCCAAUCCCUAUCCCUUUCCGCCGUCCGCUGAGAUCGCUCACUCCGGAAGUCCUUGGCUUACGCGUCGCUUCCAACCCAAGCCACUCCCUUCCCAGCUGCUUUCCCCUGCAACCGCGGGAUAUUUAACAACUCUCCCUAUAACUCCCCCAACGCAUCCAACCCAAUCCAUCUAAUCCAGCCCAACAGUGUUUUAUGUAAGACAUAAGUUUCCGUGCACCUCCUCUAACCUCAUCCGCUGCAUUCCGUGCCCCCUCUGUGGCCUCCUUUACAUCGGGAAGACCAAGCGUAGCCCUGGUGACCGUCUCCCGAAAAUCUGAGCUUCGAACGUCAAGACCUCCCAUUUGCUAAUCAUUUUAACCCCCCUUCCAAUUUCCAUACUGAUCUGGCCCACCUCCAUUGCCAGAGUAAUGCCCCUGUCCCACUUAGG